AUGUCGACCCAAGGCGAACCAUUCUACCUCCGCUACUACUCAGGUCACUCUGGGCGGUUCGGACAUGAGUUUCUAGAGUUCGACUUCCGUACCCUUGGCGAUGGCCGUAGCGCUGCCGUGCGAUAUGCGAACAACUCCAACUACCGCAAUGAUUCCCUGAUCCGGAAAGAAAUGUGCGUGAGCGCGUCGAUGAUUCAGGAAGUGAAGCGCAUCAUCAAGGAAAGUGAGAUCAUGAAGGAGGAUGAUUCCAAAUGGCCUCAGAAGAACAAGGAUGGACGUCAGGAACUUGAGAUUCGGCUCGGGAACGAGCAUAUCUCCUUUGAGACUGCGAAAAUCGGCUCAUUGGUGGAUGUGACUGAAUCUGCGGACCCGGAAGGCCUACGAGUCUUCUACUAUCUCGUCCAGGACCUGAAGGCCCUCAUCUUCUCGCUUAUUUCGCUCCAUUUCAAGGUAAACACAGCUCCUUUGUCUCUUGCUACUCUAUGA